AUGGAGGCCUGGUUCAUGCUACUUGUCUCCCUCUCCAUAGCUGCCAUUCUCAAAGCCUUCUUCAAGAUCUUAAUUCCCACUAAACAACAAAUCCUCAACCUCCCUCCAAGCCCUUCUACCAUUCCCAUCAUCACUGAUAUCCUAUGGCUUUUCAAAUCAUUGACUGGGUUAGAGUCGAUUCUCAAGUCUAUCAUUGCCAAGUUAGGCCCUAUUGUAACCCUCGACAUUGGUUUUCGCCGUAUAAUCUUCGUCGAGGACCACUCCAUUGCCCACCAGGCUUUAGUUCGAAACGGAGCAGUUUUCGCCAGUCGUCCUCCCAGUCUUGCCACCACCAAGAUAGUCAAUAGCAAUCAGAGCACUAUCAACACGUCUUUAUACGGCCCAACAUGGCGCCUUCUGCGGCGUAAUCUCACUUCACAGAUUCUUCAUCCUACGCGCUCGAGAAGUUACUCUCAUGCGCGCAAGUGGGUGAUCCAAAUCCUCAUGGAUCGUCUUCUUUCAGAGUCUCAAUCCGGUGAGCCAGUUCUAGUCAAGGAACAUUUUCAAUUCGCAAUGUUUUGCUUGUUAGUGCUCAUGUGUUUUGGCGACAAGCUUAGUGAGAAACAGAUCAAAGAAGUCGAGGAGGUUCAGCGCCGCUUCGCUCUAAACCUGCUUAGAUUCAAUGUGUUCAAUAUUUGGCCAAGCGUGACAAAGAUUUUGCUCCGCAAGCGAUGGCAGCAGAUGCUGAGUCUUCGUCGAGACCAAGAAGCUGUACUGAUUCCUUUAAUCGAGGCACGCAAGAAGGCAAACAGAGAGGGUAUCAACAAGGUGGAAGAUGAAGACUAUGUCCUGUCGUACGUCGAUACUUUGUUAGAUUUAGAAAUUCCUCAUGAGAAUAGAAAGCUUGAUGAAGGGGAAAUGGUUAGCUUGUGCAAUGAGUUUCUAAAUGGUGGCACCGAUACUACUUCGACUGCCUUGCAAUGGAUCAUGGCUAAUUUGGUGAAGUAUCCACAUAUACAAGAGAAGUUAUUCAGAGAAAUUAAAGGGGUUGUCGGAGAAGGAGAAGUCGUCGUCAAAGAAGAUGAGUUGCAGAGAAUGCCAUAUCUCAAAGCAGUAGUUUUGGAAGGCUUGAGGCGUCACCCUCCUGGACAUUUUGUGUUGCCACAUGCGGUUACAGAGGAGGUAAUGCUGGAUCAAUAUUUGAUACCCAAGAAUUCAACUGUCAAUUUCAUGGUAGCACAGAUGGGUUGGGACCCAAAGGUGUGGGAAGAUCCAAUGGGGUUCAAGCCAGAGAGGUUUAUGAGUAGUGAUGGUGAGGUGGUGUUUGAUAUAACAGGGAAUAAAGAGAUUAAGAUGAUGCCAUUUGGGGUUGGUAGGAGGAUUUGUCCUGGACUUGGAUUGGCAAUGCUUCAUUUGGAGUAUUUUGUGGCAAAUUUGGUUUGGAAUUUAGAAUGGAAAGCUAAAGAUGGAGAUGAAGUUGAUUUGUCUGAGAAACAAGAGCUAACAACUGUGAUGAAGACUUCAUUGGAGGUCCACGUUUUCCCAAGAUAA